AUCCAUCUUCCACAAUUGUAUUUGCAAUUACCCUCGACGUCACGCAGAACCACCUCAUUCGUCAGAUGAGUGGACGUGACCAUGUCUCCCUCGAUCACAACCACGCUUUCCGCGUCUCCUGGGGCGGAGGUGGCGACAGGGGGCAAGGACGAUUUCUUCUGGGCGUACACUGAAGAGCCGCACAAGACGAGAAGACUCGAGAUCAUCAAAGCCCAUCCCGAGGUCCUGAAACUUUGCGGCCCCGAGCCCUUGACCAUCCCUCUCGUUCUCGCCGUCGUCGGCCUCCAGAUCUUCUGCGCCUACCUCCUCCGCCACACCGCAUUCCUCUCCUGGCCCUUCAUUCUCACCGCUUACAUCAUCGGCGCAACUGCCAACCAAAACCUCUUCCUCGCCAUCCACGAAAUCUCGCACAACCUGGCCUUCAAGUCCCCGCUGGCCAACCGACUCUUCGCCAUCAUUGCCAACCUCCCCAUCGGCAUCCCCUACUCUGCCUCAUUCCGCCCCUAUCAUCUCACCCAUCACAAGUCUCUUGGAGUCGAUGGCCUUGACACCGACGUGCCUACCACCGUCGAGGCCUGGCUGCUGGACUCCGUUGCCGGCAAGGCAUUCUUCUGCACCUUUCAGAUUCUAUUCUACGCCAUCCGUCCGAUGAUGGUAUACAAGCUGCCUCUGACAUGGAUCCACGCGCUGAACAUUGCCUCGCAGCUGGCUUUUGACUUUGCCGUUGUGCGAGCAUUUGGUGGCCGGGCCCUCGCCUACUUCAUCCUCAGCUCAUUCCUCGCCGGCUCUCUGCAUCCAUGUGCGGGACAUUUCAUCGCCGAGCAUUACGUCUUCAAUCAAUUGGCGGCCUCGUCGGCUGUCAAGACUUCAGUGCCAACAGAGACCUACUCCUACUACGGAGUAUUGAACCUGCUGACCUACAACGUUGGCCUGCAUAAUGAACAUCACGACUUCCCUGCGAUACCAUGGACGAGGUUAUGGAAAUUGAACGAGGUUGCAAACGAAUUCUACCGCGAUCUUCCGUGCCACCACAGCUGGGUCGGGGUGAUGUGGCAAUUUGUCACCGACAAGGACGUUGGGCUGUGGUGUCGAGUGAAGAGGAAAGAAGGGGGUCGGAAGGUCGGAGGGAAUGGGAAGCAACAUCGACAGCCAUUGGAUGCCACGCUCUAGAUGAUAGAUGAUAGAAUAGAAUGAUCA